AUGAGCUCCGGUCCUUCUGGCUCUGCCCCUCCAAAGGGAAAGAAGCGGUCUCGCUCAGAAGGUAGCAAGCUGACGACGCAGCCGCAGCCAUCAUCCCAAUCGCAGAAGGCUCCCAUCCAGCCCAAGGAGACCAUUGACCUUACCAUGGCGGAUGAAGAAACGUCACCCACGACGACCGUAUCAACGGGCAGCCGUGCAACCAGUACUGAACCCCCCAUAAAAUUCUCCCUAAGACCGGUAUAUGGAAUGAUUGACCUGACGCUAGAGUCUGACGAAGACAAGGACGUCAUUGGCGGCAUGCACGCAAAGUCCAACCCAGAUCCCAAAGGCAAGCAGAAAGAGGUAGUAGUCGUCAAGAAGAAGUCUGAAAAGGAAAUCAAGCGUGCUGCCCAGCUCGAUCACAUCGCCAUCACGUUCACCCCCGCCCAGGCUAUUGCUGCGCUUGCGAACCCAAAGCCGCGUAAUAUCACGUAUGAUAUGCAGAUUGGGGAGCGUUUUACGUAUCCAGUCAAGAGGUCGUAUCAUUUGGGUGCCAUGGGUCGCUAUUUGCCUCCUGGUGCUGGUCCUGCUGGUAAUGACAAGGCAUCUGCUGCCGAGAAGAAGGAGUCUACCAAGGGCAAGGCUCCUGCUGAGGGCGGGAGAUCUACUCGGGAUAUGGCCUUUGAUGCCGACAACUAG